CUCGCAUCGUCAACCAUAAACAGAGGCGUUUUGGACAGGGAUCGAAUAGUGUCGCGUCGUAGAAGAAUCGUUCCGAUAGUAAUUGUUUCUUCAGGACAACACACAAAAGAUCCAGGCAACCGUCUCAAAGCUCCGCUCUAUUUCCCAGAACUGUUUAGGUACGAAUUCAAAGGCAGUAGAAAUGGGUGACAAUGGAUUCGACCCCUGCGAAUGCACUUGGACCCAUGAGGUCUCCAUGUGCAGACUCCUGGCCAUGCUGAGGAAUUCACAGAAUGACUGCACAGACACAGAAUGCUACCAGACAGGUCUUCCUGGUGAAGAGUCUACUCCAGUUGAUCCACACAAUUACACAUUUGCUGUGGUGAUGCUGCUUGUAUACCUGCUGAUCCAAAUGAUUUACAUGAACCGUAGGGAGAACAACCCUCCAGCCACCAGCAAACCGCGCAACAAUGAUAGUUCCCGCGGAAAUCCGCCCACUCCACCACCCACAAGUUUCUGAAUUGUUUCUCUUUUCUUACAUAUUUCUUAGUAGUAUUUGCUCGCUUAAGAAUCCCAAAAAAAAAUGAAACAAAGAACCCCUUUUUAUUAUUAGAUAGAUAAUCCCGGUGCUGAUAUAAUUGUAAUAAUCCGUAGCUAAUGCGAAUAUCCUUUAGAUAAAUUCAUUAGUCUAUUAGCCCGAUCCGUGCAUGAAUCUUCUAAUCAUGGCUGCAAGAAACUGUGAGCAGAUAGGGUGAAAAGCGCACAGAAUAAAUUUAACGUUUCUUUA